GGCCAGGCGGCAUGGUUGCGUCUUCUUACGGACCUAAAGACGACCUGCAAAAACAUAUUUAGACAGUGUGUCAUUUUAAGAAGAUGCACGAGCAAUCAAACACUUCAUAAAUACAUAUAAAAGCAAAUUUGCUGGUCGAAAACCUACUGCGUGGUGCCUUCGAUGACCCUUCUUCAAUGGCGGCGUAUUGCUUCCGGAUUUAUGCCGCAAAGAACUAUGGGACUUGGAGUUCCCAGCCUGUGUUUCCACGGAGAUGAGGUCUCAACAAGCAACCCUCUCAACGCCAUCACUCUGCGCUACUGUAUGUGGAAUGUAAAAUAAUUAAAACAAAUGUCUCAGUUUUUAGGUCGUCGGGACUGUAUAGAAAGUCUCCAGAAAGACCUUGCUGACCUCCAAGUUGCCAUUUUGGACGUUUUUUCAACAACCGGUCAAUUGCGCGUUUUCUCCUGGAAAUUCCCGGACAAACUUUCCUGUAAUCUGGAUUUGGAGUUGGAGCAGUAUGACUUUAUGGACGGAGAUGAUGAAUUUAACCAGCAUUCUCACAUCGUUUUACUGGAGUUAGUAAUAGACAGACUACUACUACUUCUCCAAGCAUCCAGUGUGUAUGUUGAGCAACUGAGCACCAUUGAGAAGACGCAACACCACCACCAGAAGGGAAGCAUGUCAAUUGGACUUGUUGUCAAAAAAUACUGGAGACUUUUAGUUCAGUUUGCCAACAUGAAGAAGUGGUACAAGAAACACGAGUUAAAAACCGACACGUUGGAUGGUGAUGAGUGUGUAUCGUCAACCUCGCGGAACGACAGCAUCACCCAUGGCUUUUCUGCACCGUCUUCAACGAGCUCUAUCACCUUUUUGGCAGAAGACGAGGCACCUUCCAGUGUCAUUCACACUCCCAAAGUUGACACCUGCAAUAUAAGUUGCCAGACUAUUCAAUCACCCUCUGCUCCCUGCGCCGUAUGUCACCAAGUUCAGUCUACUAUUAGAAGGACAGGUAAGGCAUUAGUAGAACUUCUUCAAGGUGAGGGUCUGCCCUCUUCUUUGCAACCACUCUCAAUUGCCGUGGAGGACACAGUAGACGGGGGGCAAAUGUCACCAGGUGAUGUUGCCCAAUGGGCUAGCGAGCAGCUUAAAGAUAUGCGCCGACUCGCAAAACAUGUACAGGAUGUGCGGGAUACAGUAAAGCCUCUUACCACGAAACUGGCAGAAGCAGACGUAGAGCGAAAGAAAUUGCGACAAGACAUGGAAAGUGCACAAAAGAAACUGUCAGAAGAAGUGGAAAAUCAGAAAUCCACAUGUCUUCAGAUGGAGCUUUUGUUAAAGAAAACACAAGCAACCAUGAAAGAAACAGAGGACAGGCUAUCAGAGGAGUAUGGACAACUUAGUAGAGAAUAUGCAUCCCUAAAUAAGUGCAAGUCCAGUCUGGAGGAAACAUUAACAAUACAGCAAGAUGGACUUGAAGCUCUAGAGGGUGAACGAAAUGCUCUACAGGAGAAACUGGAGACGUUACACAUAGAAAAAGAGGUAUGUUCAAAACUACAAGAGAGGAUCCAGCAGUUAGAAAGUCAAAUGUCUGAGUCUGAACUACUCCUGGAAAAAGAGAAGGCCAAAUACCACAGUGCGUGUCAUCAUCAGGAGUCAAUGCAAACAAAGCAAAAGUCUUUGCUGCAGAGAGUUUAUGCUCUCGAUGACGAGUGCGAGGAUCUGCACAGGCGGUUGGGACAGAGGGAGGAAAGUGAGAUCGACCUCUGCAGUCAACUUCAACAGAUGUCAGAGGAUAACAAACGACUACGAGUGCAAAUCACUUCACUUCAGGAUAUUAGUUCACAGCUCCAACAUGAGAAGCAGGCACUAGAAACACACUUGGACGAGUUCAAGACCACAGUGAUCGACCUCAAAGAAAGUGUGAAAUCCUGUACAGAGAGAGAAAGGUUGCUGGUGGCUUUCCCUGACCUCAGCCCCCUCGCUCACACCCAACCACAGAGUAUGCACUUGUCUUCAUUAUUCUGUUUUUUGGAAUUUAUAGGGCGAUGAUCUCUAGUCGGGAAAGGUACAGGGAGCGUGCUUUUGGAUAUGGAGCAACAGUUACAGGCCAACUGCAUCCGCAUUCGAGUCCUUGAGAAGGAGAACACC